UAAUAGCGAAACCGAAAGUAGCCAAACAGCCUGUUGCCGGACGAGUUUGCGAUCGUUAUCAGAUCUUUCGACACCUUCUAAACGUCAACAGCCUGUACUGUUUGCGAGGAAUCCAAAGAUGACUUCAGCUACGUCCUUGCUGUUUUUUGCGAUCCAUUUAGCCUGUAUCAGCACUGGAAAUUCCUCUGAGUCAUUUGUCAAACUGGAGUGUAAAACAGAAUACCAUGGGGUUUAUGGUCAGCAGUUAAUUCUAGGGUGCAUUGUCAAAACUGUGGUGGAUGUGGUGGAUGUGACCAUCAUAACGGUGACCUGGAAGAGAAUGGGAGCUGCUGCGAAAGCUGAUGCUAAUUUGUUGGAAUACCAUAAAGAGAAAAGGGAGCUAACCCCUGGGUUUAAAUUUGCUGAGCCAUCCUGGAACAAGACGAAUAUGAAUGUGUCCUUGUUGUUGACAAAUACCAAGAUGGCCGACAAGGGGGAGUAUGAAUGCAUGGUGACCACAGAUGUUGGGAUUGCCACAGCUACAAUCAGCCUCAGUGUCACAGCUAAGUACAAGACUCCAACCAUGAGCUCCCUCCCUGAGACCAACAUCAAAGAGAACACAGAUGUGACCAUUUUCUGCAACUCUACAGGCGGGCACCAGACAGGGUUGAUCUGGUGGUUUGACGAGUUCGGCAGCAAUUGGACGCGCAGUGCUGAACUGGUGGCCAAAGAGACAGACGAUGGACUGUUCAGCCUCUCCAGUAAAUUCACAGUGCUGAAGGCCACAUCCAGUUACACAAACUACACGUGCAAAGUGCUCAAUGUCAAUGGUGCCGAGGAGGGGAUGGCAUCAUUUGUGAUCCAGUUUGCGUCGCGAGACUUAGGUAUUAAAAGUGACCACUUGGAUAUGGUCUCCACCACCAAAUGGCUAGCCCCGGUUGCAGUCAUAGGCUCUCUGAUCAUUGGACUCCUUGCUGCACUGCUGUUCUUUAAGAGGCACUCUGCCCAACGAGCUCGAAGACAGUCCACCUUCCCAUUAAUGAGUGGCCACCAACAGAUACCAGGCAUGAUCAAUAUGUUGAGGCAGGAGGUCUAAACAGCGACAGGAGCUGAUUAGUUAACUGGCAGUCUCUGGAAGGGGCUGUUUCCUUGACGAUCAAUAAGGAGCUUGUCACCUUCACUGUCCUUUGAUGGACUGUUUCCUGUUAAGUGUUCGGUGACAGUCACUUUGGCACUCAGGUCAUUCUGAUUUGAGGCAUUUGUUUCUUCCUAAUCUACUGAGGAUGCCAGCCUUUAAGCACUGUGGUUGAUUACAAAUGGUAUAACUCUUUAACAGCCUAUGUUUAAAAGCCUAACAUAAAUGGUUAUAUACAGAGUUGCCAUGGUGUAGGUAAACUGUAGAUUCUACCAGCAUGAUUGUUAAAACUCAGGUCUGCUAAGAGCAAAUUUGAAUACUGUGAAAAUUCUUUGCAACUUCUGGUGCAGGUUUACAGGCUGUUCCUGCUUUAAGUUAGUUUUAACAGUGGUCAAGUAGGCUACUGUGGCUAUUUGAUCAUAAUGUAGGCCUACCAGAGUGGCCUACCAUAAUAAACAAUGGAGAAAAUGCAUCCCAUAACAUUAUAACAUGGAAAUAGCUGUUCUGUCAUUCAGCCAACAGUAGCAGCCAAUGUGCGGUGUUCAAUGUAAGUCUACAUUCCAUGAGACUUUUGAAAAAAACAUGUAGGACUUGACAUGAACCUGUUUAUCCACUUGUCCUUCAAACAAGGAGGUGAUUGAAAAUGUUGUUGUGUUGUUUGAUGCAAGAAACCACUUGCAUCAUUAUUCCCAUACCAUACCCCCCCCCCCCCAUUUCUGACUACAAAUGAUCAAUAACUGGGCUAAUAACUCACUAACUAGUGAACAAAUGUGCACAAGUCGCUACAUAUAGUUCUUGCUUUGAUCUACUCACAACCGCUCAUGCUGUAAAAACAGUCCAGUUCAAAGUGAAUGGCACAGAUCUAUAUAUGGCAAUGGUCUAUUUGUAUAUAGGCCUACUGCAGCUCUGAUUGGUUAUGGCACACUGGUCUGUGUAGAGUACAAGUCUGCUAAACUAAACUAAAACUAAAUUCGCCUCUGAGGUUUCGCAAGACUGUACAGUGCAAUACGACAUGUUUCAUUUGACCAAAGAUGUGUUGAUCAUCAGGUUUCAAUAGAUACUGCUGUGCCUGCCACUGUCCUCCCUGGGCUUUCAUUCUGCUACAAUGUGUAUGAGAAGAAAUGUUAUGCUAAAUAGUACAUUACUUUUGACUAGAAGGAAUAGGGUGCCAUUUUGAAUUCAUCCUUUGACUUGACUUUGUGUAAUAUCUGGAACUUAUUGUAACAUUAAAGCAACCUUGUUACCAACAGCCAGCCUGUUGCUUCAACAGUG